CCAAUUCCAGUACGGCUUGACCAGCUACCUCAGGUUGAAUCACAAGUGGCUGCGGCCAAGUCUUGGCGAGAACGGACUGCCAGAACAUUCCUCAAGAAAAAUUCUACAUACACUUUACUGGAUGUGUUGUCCCCUAGGACAGACAUUGGUGUGUAUAACAACAACAAGGCAAAGCGGAAGAAACUCAAGGAUGGGGAACGGGAACGGAAGGAGAGUGAAAAUAGCAUUUUGGACUUCAGAAUUGAGGAACAGAGAGAUCCAGCGAGUAUUGUUGCUGCCUUCAAGUUGGCUGAACAAAGAGAGAUCGAGGCAAUGAAGGAACUUCGCAGCAUCAAUUUGGAGAAGAUCCACAAUUCGGACGGUGGAGACAUCAAGUACUGCAUGUGUCGUAAAUCUGCGUCUGGGUUGAUGUUGCAGUGUGAAUUGUGCAAAGACUCGUUCCACGGAUCUUGUGUUCCCCUACCAAAAGCGGCCAACAUCAAGAGAGUGAACCAAGCUGUCCAAAUGCAAACUGUGCGGGACCUCAAAUUUCUCUGUCCGCUCUGCUUGAGUUCGAGACGUCCGAGACUGGAAACCAUCCUCUCCCUGCUAGUCUCGCUUCAGAAGCUGCCUGUCCGGCUGGCCGAGGGCGAGGCUCUGCAGUGCCUCACCGAGCGAGCGAUGGCAUGGCAGGAUAAGGCACGCAACUGCUUAGCCACGCCCGAGUUGGCUGCCGCCCUUGCCAAGCUUAGCCUUCUUAGCCAACGCAUGGUGGAGCAGGCUGCCCGUGAGAAAACCGAGAAGAUUAUCAAUGCAGAGCUGCUGAAGCCCGCAAACAAUCCAGAACUGCAGAGCCACCUGGCCACUGUCACACAAAGCGCUUUCAGCGGCCUGCACCCUUCUCUUAGGGAUCUCACUGCCUCCACCACCACCACCACUACCACCAGCACCACCACCACCACAUCCGCUGCCACCCCCUUCACAUUGGACAACACUGACAGCAACCCCUCCGGCCAGCUCUCACCCGUCUCGCAGCAAAGUGUCGACGAUGGAUGCUGCACAACGCUGGACCCUGCUGCUGCAGCUGCUGGCGGUGGUGGUGCACAGCUUUCCCUAUCUGACCACCACCUCCUACGGCUCAAUGGACAUAACAACAACAACAAUAACAGUAAUAACCUCGGCAUGACAUCCGAACACACAUACUCUUCAGUCUCCAAGACGUCUUCUGUAUCUCCGCGGAAACACCAGCGCAAGUCCCCUCUCAUUCCCCGUCUACUGGAGUCGCCCAUCCUCGAACUGUCUGCCGCAGCACAGGUGCAGCUGGAGGAGUUGAUGAUGGACGGGGACCUUCUGGAGGUCUCACUGGACGAGACCCAGCACAUCAGGCGCAUCUUGGUCGCAUGUCAGACAACAAACGAAGAUAAAUACAUGGAAUUCGAGGAGUUGACAACGGAGAGAAUUCCGAUGAAAGAGAAACCGGAGAAAGUUCCGGCAAAGGGCAAAGAGAAAGAAGAGGAGAAGGAGAAAGUGAAGAAGAAAAGGAAGAAGAAAGAGGAGGAGUCUGAGAAUUGCGAGACGAAAAGCAAGAGGAGUAAAGACGAGAACAGCCCUUCAUCAAAACCAAGGAAAAAACUUGUUGUGAAGGACAAAGAUCUGAAAUUGAAAGAGAAAAAUAAAUGUAAAGAGAUGAACUCUGUGAACGAAAGCAAAAUGAAGAAGGAGGAGAAGAGCCAGAAGAGGAUGAAGAUCUCUGGUGGUGCUCGGGAGAAGAAACCGUCUGGUCGAGUGAAACAGAGUAAGAAGAGUGCCUCGUUGAGUGGAGACGAGGCAGAUGAGGAGGAAGAAGAAGACGACUGUUCUGCUGUGAAGUGUCUGAAACCUGCAGGUGACGAGGUGAAUUGGGUACAAUGUGACCGCUGUGAAUUGUGGUUCCACUUGUUGUGUGUUGGCGUCGGAGAGGAUGAGGUUGGGGAAGACGAUGAUUACGUCUGCUUCAAGUGCAAAGUACCGCUGAGGUCCGCCAGUGGUGGCACAGUUUCACUGAGGACGGCAGCUAGCGGUGGUGGUGGUAUCAUCACUGCUAGCAGCCUGGCCAAUGGUGUCGUCACCACGGUGCCACAGAGAUCAACUAGUAAUGUCGGUGGUGGUGGUGGUGUCAGAACCACCAACAGCCUGACCGGUAAUGUCACAGUGCCUCCGUCUCCACCACACACACCAGAUGAAGAGCAGGAGGAGGAGGAGGAAGAAGAGGAAGAGGAGGAGGAGGACGAUGAAGCAGAAGUGGCUUGGUCCUCAAAUGAGGUCGUGUCGCCUGGUGGUGGAACUGGUGCUGACGGGUCUCUGUCUGCGCCGCCUCGCAGCGGGGCCACAACAAAGGACUUUCAGCGACGUGGCUCGGGUGGCGGUGGUGACAGGAUGGAGUUGGAUGCGGCAGCAGUGGAGGAGGAGGAGGAAGAAGAAGAGGAAGUGGGAGUAAAUGGCGAUGAAGAUGAUGUUGAAUAUUAUGAGGAAGAAGAAGAGGAGGAGGAUGGUGGUGGUGAUGGUGUUGGUGGUGAUGAUGAUGGUGGUGGUGGUGGUGCUGGUGGUGAGAGAGAAAAUGGCAAAGUACAACUACAGCAAGACGAUGAUGAUGAUGAUGAUGAUGACGGUGAUGAUGAUGGUGAGGAUGUGGUUAUGACGGUGGACGAUGACAACAGGAACAUUGACGACGAUGACGAUGACGAAAUGUUUGACGACGACGACGACGAUGCGAGCAGGCAGGGCGAAGGAGGGGAGCAGUCGCCCACGGAUAUUGAACCCACGACCGGAAGUAGACAAACAGCAGCGGCAAAGACUAUAAACUCAACAUCAACAGCAGCAGCGACGACAACAACAACAACAACAACAAAACCAACUACAACAUCAACAGCAGCAGCAGCAUCAGGCCCCUUGGCGGAGACUUUGACGGCCGGAAGGAAAGACCCUGCAAGUGAGCAAGCCAGCAAACAAGAAAGUCAUCUUUCUAUGAACAAUAACAAGUGGUGUCACUGAGACUUCAUACACACACGUACACACACACACACACACACACACACACACUCUCCAGUACUUCACAGAUGCCCUCCCCCCCACCACCAACCACCACUCCAAUAUAUUUAUAUAGACUGCUAACAUUAUAUUGCUCUCCCUCCCCCCCGCCCCCUCCCACCUGCCGAAUUUGUCAUUUUUUCAGCUUUUCACAAUCUUCUCUCUUUCGUCCCCUGUUUUAACCCCCUCUUCUUUCCUCUUCUUCUCUUUCACUCUCCCCCUCUUUUAUUAUUCUCUCUCUCUCUCUCUCUCUCUCUCUGUACUUUCUUCCAUCUUUCUGUCGAUCUCUCUCCUCUCCUCCCCCCACCUCUCUCUCUCUCUCUCUCUCUCUCUCUCCCUCCUAAUACGAGUGCUAGUGUCUGCUGUGUGGCUCCGAUGGAUGUCAACAUCUCACCCCCCCCCUUUCCCAUCUCCCACCACCACCACCACCGUCCCCUUCCUUUCCUCCCUACAUCUCUCACCUCUCAAUCACUUCCUCUGCAUCUUUCUCUCUCCCUCCCUCCCUCUCCCUCACACACACACACACA